GAUGCUUUGGGGAUGUCUGUCCACCACCGCCUGCCUGGAGCAGUGGGAAUGCAGGCAGAGCCCUGUGCACACAGAGCUGCGCUGUGCAGAAUGCCUGAGGGUAGCAGAGCUCACUUUGCUGAGCUAAGAGCCAGCCCUGCUUUGGAAGAGGAUCAAGAGGUGACAUCGCUGGGUUUGCGGCACUGCGAGGACUGGGUCUCACAGCCCACAUCAUUACCAUCAUCAUCCUCGUGCCCCGAAAAUCCACUUGCUCCUGGAGUAGUGACCUGAGGAGGAAGUCGAACCACAGCCCCUGCAGGGCUCUGGGUCUGUUCUGUGUCCAAGAGCACGCACAGAGCAGCUGGUUCUGCUUGGGACGUUUGUGUGCAACACAGCGCUGGUAUGAGAGGAAACCCUGCUGCAUAAUUAAUGUGCUUGUUAGCAUGCGAUCUAAUUGCGGUGUCUUUUGGGUCGGUGAAGAAGUUGGGUUGGCUGCUUUGAGUGCCUGUUUGUGUUAAUAGGUGCAAUAAGCUUCUGAUCAGGUUCCAUUGCUGCUGGCAGCGCUCACAAGCGUGCUCUGUCCCCCUUCCUGCUGAGCACAGUGCCCUGUGCACCCGGCUGAGAUCUGAGGGUUAUUUCUGGGCUUUGGAGUGGUUGCUGUUCCUUUCCCUGCCUCAGCAUUGGUGCUAUCAUAGCCAUCCUACAAACGAUGGCAAACCCUGUCGCUGUGCUGCUCCGUAGUGACCAGGGAUGUCAUCUUUGUCCUCAAACCUGCUGCCUGGGCAAUGGCACUUUGGAUGCUCGAUGCACACAGCACAGCACCGCAGCUGGCACUGCUGCACCUCGGCCAUGCAGGGUGUGCUCAGCUCUGCUGCUCUUUGGGACAAGCUGUGAGGCAGAGCUGCAGCUGUUGGAUGGUGCCCCAAGCGCUGCGAUGGGAGGAGAGCAGGAAUUACCCACAGUAAUUGGCUGUUUGCAGUGUGGGAAUAGCCGUGUUCUGACUGCUUCAUCUUCUGCCAGUCUUGGAGCGUGGAACAGAACCAAUUCUGUGCUUACUGAAUUAACCCCUGGCUCCCAAAGCAAACAGCCACCCCAGCUCCCAGGCACUCCUUCCCCAGCUCUUUGAGUGCAGGGCUGAGCCCAAGCCUAUUGUAAAGGCACUGCCAUGCUGGCUCCCUACACUGCAAACUGACCGGGAGCUGCAGAGCUGCUGCAAUGCGAGCCCAUGUCCCAUCCUUACACCUUCAGAGGGUGCAGAGGGAGAGGUUUUGGGUGCAUGCAAAGCAGGGAGCACAUCUUGCCUCUUUCCCCAGCUCAAUGGGAGCUGCCAGCAGAGCUAGGCAGGAGCAGGGAGCAUCAGCAUGCCAGGUUUGGGCUCUCACUUCCCCAGAUCUUCACCUCACUCUGUUAUGCUGGUUCUGCUGCUCCUGAAGUUCACAGCAAUUCACUCUUAGUGGAAAGAAGAACAAAGCUGUAGUGAAUCUGUAGUUGGGAUCAGUGAUGUUAAAAGGGUGAUUUUAAGGACAGACCCUUCAGCAGAGGGGAAGCAAGUGCUGGGCCUAUGCAGAACCCCUCUGCAGCUGGGUCCAUGGGAGGAAAUGCUGCCUUUGUGUUAUUAAUGGUUGGUAGGGGAGAUUUUAAUGUGAGUAAGGAGCAGGAGAUACAAAAAGCCACGAGUGACUUUGCCUGGCAAAGCAGCAGCCAGGAGACUCAGCACAAAUUGGGCCAGGAGGACUGGGUGGGAGAAGGAGCUGGCAGAUGGGAAAACCUCUAAAAGAUGAGAAGAUCACUGCAAACGUGGAAGAGCUGGGGCUUUUGCACAUGGAUGAGGGAAAUGAGUCCGGGGUCUGAGCCUGGCUGUUGUGCUGACAGCAGCUGGAUGCAUUCUGAGGUAGGAGCCCAGGGCUGCACGUACCCGUGUCAGUGUCCUUCCCAGCCCCUGCAGUGUCCUGCUGGCACCAGCCACGUGUUGGACGCCUGCGGCUGCUGCAAGGUGUGCGCCAGGCAGCUGGGUGAGCUGUGCUCCCUGCAGAAACCCUGUGACCACCACAAGGGACUCUACUGUGACUUCUCCAACAUCCACAGAGGCAGCGGGAUCUGCUUAGCUCGCGAGGGUGCAACGUGUGACCUGCUGGGCAAGGUGUAUCACAACGGGGAGAGCUUCCAGCCCAGCUGCAAGCUGCAGUGCAUCUGCCUGGAUGGGGCCAUUGGCUGCAUCCCGCUGUGCUCAGCCGACCUGCGCCUGCCGUCCCCUGACUGCCCCCACCCACGGAGGGUGAAGAUCCACAACAAGUGCUGUGAGGAGUGGGUCUGUGAGGAGGGCGGCCAGGAGGAGCGCUUAGAAACUGUCAUGGCAGUUUUCAGGGAGGAUCCCAAGCCAGAGAUGAACAACCUGCAGGAGAACUGCUUGGUGCAGACCACCGAGUGGAGUGCGUGCUCCAAGAGCUGCGGCAUGGGCAUCUCUGCCCGGGUCACCAACAACAACCCCCAGUGCCACCUGGAAAAGGAGACGCGGCUCUGCAUGGUGCGGCCCUGUGACUUCCCCUGGGAGAAAGCCAAGAAGGGAAAGAAGUGUGUGCGCGCCCCAAAGCCCCGCCAGCGUCUCCUCUUCGAGUUUUCAGGCUGCAGCAGCACCCGUUCCUACAGGCCCAAGUUCUGUGGCAGCUGUGCGGACGGGCGCUGCUGCACCCCAUACAUCACCAGCACUGCUGAGGUGGAAUUCCGCUGCCCCGAGGGGGAUUCCUUCCAUAGGAAGAUGAUGUUCAUCAAGGCGUGCUCCUGCCACUAUGACUGCCCCCGGGACAACGACAUCUUCCUGGCCACCUACCAUAGGAGGAUGAUUGGGGACCACGUCAAAACAGACAGGCAGUAGCUCUCUGUGUGCCAGACCCACAGGACAGGGUGAAACGAGGGCUCUGCAAUGUUCUCAUGGCUGCACUCCGGGGCAUCGCCGCCUCUCCCUGCUCUGUGAGGGGCUUCGUUCUUCACCACGGCGCCGUUCGCCUCCUAUGGUCCUGGUGGCCUUGUUAAUAACAGCGGAUGAGGGAUCAGCCCCAUCUGGCUGACAGCACACAUCUGUGCAGAGCUCAGCAGAGGAGCUGGGAGCAAGCUUGAGCAGCCACCUUAAUCUGUUCUCCCAUAGACUGGCUGGGAGAGUGGACUAAAGCCAUUUGGCUCCAGCCUGGCUCCAGAGGGAGCGCAGUGGGCACAGCACCCUGUGCCAUUCAGCUGCCACACUGUGCAGCCAGAGAAUGGGACAGGGGAAGCUCAGGAGGUCAGAGCCAGCUGGCAUUCCCAGCCCAUGGCCAGCAGCACGGGGCUCUGAUGUGUGCUGCUGCAAAGCGGCUCAGGGAGGAAAGUGCUGAGGCCCCACGCUGAGGUCCCACUGAACCUUUUAAUUAUGUUUGGUUAAUUAGAUUCAGCAGGUCAGCAAAAGCUCCCCUCAUCCCCAUGCCCACCCUUCGCCCUGCCUCAUGCUUUCCAACAGCAGCUCUUUGCUCCUGGAGACGCCAGGAUGCCCUGUUCUCUGCGCAGCUGAAGGCUGUCUUUUCUUUUUACGGUUAAAUUCCUUUUAGCCUCGUUGUGCAGUGAGGAUGGCAGCAAAGCCAGAGGCACGAGGAGGCUGUGGGGUGUUAUUGCAGGAGCACUGCUCUCCUUCAGAGCCUGAGAGGUUCUUUCAGAGAGGAGAAGACCCAGACAGGUGUAGUUUCCUCCUUCAGACCCAAGGAGCAUUUCUGCAGUGGGGCAUAGCAAGUCUCCUCACGGUGAAAUGACCACGUCCUGCUGUCCCCUCUGCAGUCCCUUCAGAAGCAGCUCUGCAGGAGCUCUGGCUCAUGUGCACACAGCGGGGUCAGGAGCUGGAGGAGUAAAGAACUCAAAGCUCCCCAAGGGGAGCAGAUCUGCUCUGAAGUUGGGCAAUGACAGGGAGCUGGGGUCCCCUGCCUGGGCUGUCCCAUGGCACCGAGGAUCCAGGACAGCCACUCGUGAGCCCACAAGCCAGCAGGGUUCUCAGCAGCCUCAUGCAUUUGCUUCUGCUGAUUUCAGUAGAAACAUGCAGGGAAAGGCCUGACUUCGUGCCUUCCACCCUCCCCACCCUCUCUUUAUCCCCACUGCUGCAGCCCAGCAGGAUUACGGGCCACGCUACAGUGCUGAGCCCUUCCCUGUCCCCACUCCCAUUCCAAAGCAAAGCUGUGGGUCCGGGCCGAUCCAAACCCACAGCAGCUGUUCUCCCUUUGCAGCCCUUGAUGCAUUCCUCCCCCCAGGCUGCAAAACACAGCCCCCAUCUCAGCCCCCUCCUGCUCCCAUCCUGUGACCCUUCAGCCUGCUGCGUAUCAUCAGUGCAAACUGAAAUAAUUGAUGCGAUGGUUUCUUUUAAAGGCAUUUGUACAGGUUUUGUAUCCUAACCCCACUCGGGGCGAUUCCACCUUGUAGAUU